GAAGCCAAGAUGGCGGUCGAGGAGUGGUUCCUACAGGAAGAAGGUUGCCUGCAGUUUAACGGCCGACCUACAUCAAUAUCCUACUCCCCAACAUCACACUGUUUCCUUGCUACGCUAGAAGAUGGAUCCAUUGAAGUUUUAGACGUUAGUUCAGGUCGUACGUUGAAGCGAACCUAUCUUGCAGGGAGUAGUACUUCAGAUUUUGGGUCCCUGCAAUGUCGUUUUUGCCCUGGAGUAGAGAAACUUUUCGUUACUGAUAGAAAAACAGUAGGCUUGAGAAAAGAUUUGAAUGGAGUUUUACUGUUGGACAGUAUACUACAGGCACCGGUGGCUGAAGAUUGCGAUGCUCCUAUAACCUUGGAAUUAACCUUAGCUGAUGUGAAGCAGUUACAUGUAGGGAUAGAAACAUGCCUGACGACAGCCGUUCCUCCUGUAUUAGAUGUGAUGGAGACCUUAAAGGAACAGAUCAAGGAUGAAAUUAAUAAAUAUCAAAGCUUAUUAUCAGCAUCUAAUACCAGUGAAUCAUCAUCAUCAGCUGCAUCAACAGGUUCUUCAAAUGAUGAGUCAGACAAAGCAGCCAAGUGGGUUACCUGUAAGCUUCGACUCCCUGCUGGUGCACUUCUUUGUGCAUUUGACGGCAUGGUUACCUCACUGCACAAGAACAACAGAACCAGUUCCGCUUUGCCUAUUGCAUCAGCAAUGCUUGCAAGGGUUAUGGCACUCACAGGUACGUCUGUGCUGGAAAAGAAAGGACAACCAGUCUAUAAACAACUGAUGUUUGUUGAAGCUGCUCGAAGACAGACAUUCUCUACUUGGCCACACACUGAUUAUAAGUGGGCCUACCCAGAAGCCAUGGCUCAAGCUGGUUUCUACCAUCAGCCAACAUGUACUGGAGAUGAUAGAGCUAUGUGCUUCACAUGUAGUGUGUGUCUUGUGUGUUGGGAGCCAACAGACGAACCUUGGUCUGAGCAUGAACGCCAUUCUGCAGAAUGUCCAUUUGUCAGGGGGGACCGGACAGAAAAUGUUCCCAUGUCAGUAAGUCUAGCCACAACUCCUGCUAAACAUCAUGGCAAUACAAAAACAUCAAAGAUCACUAGUAUUAGUUCAAGUUCUUGUCCUUGUUUAAUGGCUACUAGCACUAACACAGGGCACAUCAUUGUAUGGGACCUGUCUGAUCAAUUAAAGGUAUACUCACAAUUCAUGGUAGAUUCAGAAUCGAGUUCAGAAGGUAAAGAUGAAAUAAGUCAUGAAGCACCUCCACCAGUCCAGGAAGCUUGGCCAGAACCUACUGGUAGUUUGGACCAGGAAGAACAGAACAUUGUGGUUGAUGAAACAAUACAAGGUGAUGUUCCAGGGGAUAUCACUGCCGUAACGCAAGAAGAUAAACUACCAAAAUCUGCAGAAGAGAAUGAACAAGCAACUGAAGAAGAGACAAAUCAGUCAGGAGAAAGUAGUGGACUGGUGGAGGUACAUCGUGCACCAAAAUCUGCAGAAGAGAACAAACAAGCAACUGAAGAAGAGACAAAACAGUCAGGAGAAAGUAGUGAACUGGUGGAGGUGCAUCGUGCACCAAAAUCUGCAGAAGAGAAUGAACAAGUAACUGAAAAAGAGACAAAUCAGUCAGGAGAAAGUAGUGAAUCUCCUGCUAAAGAAACAACUGAUGUAUCCAGAGAUGAUGGAAUCACAAAGGAAGAUGAUGUAGCUGAUCAACAGAAAGCAAGUGAAUCAGAAGAUGUCCAACAUGAUGGAACUGUAAUCAAGGAACUUCAUGAUGAAGAUGUUGAUGCAACAAAAUUUUCACGUGCAGAGGAAGCAGAAGAAUGCAUCGAAGGAAUAGUAGAAGAACCACAUUUAUCUGAAUCUAAGGAUGAAGAGACACAUGGCGAAGAUUCUGAGUCUGCUAAUAACAACCCCCCAAAGCUACCCAGCAUGCAUGUGACUGCCUCGGCAAUUGUUUGUCCACCAGACCAAGAUCACCAACAUUUGAAAAAACUGUAUACUCAAGAACACAAACCUGUCUUGAUAGCUGGCAUAAGUCCUUGUCAAAACCACCAGAUGGAGGCAGAUGCUGACAAAACACCUUACCUAAUGCUCUAUGAUGUCUCGGCAGAAAAAGUUCCAAGUACGACCUUAAAGGAUAAAGAGGUACAAUUUAAACCAGGACCAAAGUUAAGCAGUUCACAACCAAUGGGAAGUCAAGAAGAUUUGUAUAGUGUUCUUAGCAGYGACGAAGAUUUAGAACAAGAUUUUUUACCAAUGAUGCCAGCGAGUAAUACCCUAUCAUCCCUGAUGAAGAAGUGUGCGGCAGCCAUAAGUGGAAGGUCGGAGCAACAGGAUGAAGAAUCGUCAAAUUUAAAGCGUAGGAAUAUGAUACAAAAAAUUAAAUUACCAAAGGAAGCAUUAGAGAUGGACAGUAGUAUAUCACAAAUUAUACCAUGCCUGGAUGGCCAUCAUGUAUUGGUUGUCGUUCACUUCAGAGAAUUGAAGAGUGCUGGUGAAAUAUCAUCUCAGGGAGAAAAUAAUUUGUACUUUGAUCAUGAAACGACUCCGACAUCCUGUCAGGUUUGUUUGGAUGAAAAAUUGAAUGAAAAUAUUUCUUUUUACUUGAGGAAUAAAGAGUCAGAGGGAUGUUUACUUUUACUAUACAGACUUUUAAUAAAUGAGAAUAAAGCGCCUACACUCUCGGAACCUUUAGUAUGGAAAAAACUAUCCUCAAGUAAUUCUUUAUUCAAUGUUAUUGGACUUCCUGUAGACAGUUCGGAAAACCUGGACUUCUCAAAAGGAUCGCUAGCAGAUGAAGGCGAUAUAAUCUGUAGCAGCCAGGAUGAUUCUGUAUGCAAAAGCCGAUUUGCUGGUGUGACGCAGGAUGGGAGUAUUUUAAUUCUUGAUGCUUGUUCAUUGAAUGUGCUAGCAAAGUUUUGUCUUGGGAAAGAUAAACAAUUAGACAAUGCUUUUAAUGAUCUUGUGUAUUGCCCUGGGAUAGACUGCUUGUGUUGUUCAACAUUCCAAGGAUAUUUGUACUUUUUGAGUCUUGUACAUAAUACAGAAAGCAUAGAUUCUGGUGCUGCGGCUAAUGGUCUACUAAGUGGUGCUGACUCCUUGAUUGAAUCAAUAAGUUUACCAGAAGAUCAGACAGUCCAGAAUUUACUCAAUUUAUUACAGAAAACUGAAUUUGAGAAUCUCGUGCCAAGGUUCACAGCUAUUGUACCUUCUGCGUGGUCGGAAAUGCAGCAGGAACAGCAGCAGAGACAACACCCUCAACACCUCCAUCAACAGAGCCUGGGAGAUGCAACACUCCACACCAGAACAUGGAAACUACAAUCAGAAGCUAAAAACAAUUCAAGUGGAGAACAAAUCUUUGAGCUUCUUCUUUCAAAGCAAUGCCAUGUUGGCCAUGUCGACAUCAAGUUUUCUCUGAAUUCUUCAAACGAGAAUUCCUCAAUAAAGGUUUAUUUGUUAAAGCCGUGGUCUCUUAAGUCGUGGCAACAGGAGAAUGCAUCCUCUGGUAGUAAGAAGAAAGUGCCAAUUCUUUCUGCGGCAAAGGAAAAUGGGCAUAUUUUAUGUGGACCAAUAGAACUGGAAAGGGGUCUGCACAUGAGAAUAGCUCUAACAUGUCCUGAGCUUGUCAAAACAAGACAUAGGAUUCUACUUUUGGUAUUUGAAUCAACUCCACAAGUUAAUUUGGAAGAGAUUUCUGUGACAGUGCGCCGAUUCAAGUACAGUCCAAAGCCAUCAUCUUUCAUGCAGUAUACUGUGAUGCUUGAGGAACCAGCUUUCCAUCAACGGCUUUUAGACAUUGUUUGCUCGCCUGCACAGGGAAAAGCUCUGUCAGAGAAAUCAAGGAAGUUAGCCCUUGAUAUGUUGUGCUGGAUUGCAGGAAUCUGUGUCCACACACCGAUAAGGAGGAAUAGUCUAAUUCAUCAAGUCCAGAGAAGGCUAGCAGAUUUAAUUCCUGUGUGUUUUCUACAAUCCGGUCGUACAAUUGCACAUCAGUGUAGUGUUUUAUUACUGUUGUGUGCAAGGCAGUCAAACUGGGAUGCAAAGUUUGGUUCUCCCAUCAAAACCCCUCCCAGCACAGAUUUAAAUCAACGCCAACCAAGUCUGGACAGAAAGGCUGAACAUUUUAAGCUUGAGAAGCCAUUUAGGACCUCUGUUCUGCUAGGGAUCCUUCAAGUGCUACCGACCACCAUCCAUGCCUCAUCAGCUGGGGGACUACAUCAUCUGUUUUCACUGCUAGUCGGAUAUGCGGCCCUUGAAGAUAUCAAGAAAACAACAGAUGUUUGCCAAGAACUCUUGACAGAGGUGUCAACAAAGAUGGAUUCUUUGACGUUGCAUUCUCACACUGCAUUACAAGCAAGGUAUGGUCUGUAUGGAUUACCAUUUGAGCCAGUCCUCUUCGACUUGACCAUUCCUCCUAUUGCCGAAAUGUCUGUCCCAUGGACUGUUCCGGCAGCACCAUCAUCUUCACAAGAUGCAAGCUAUUCAGUCACACAGCCAAGUUAUUGGCCUAGUACUUCUAAACAACAAGUUACAUCUGCAGUUACCACUAAACCAACUCCUGUACCUUCAAAAACUACUGCAGCUGUUGGACUUCAAGAUCUAGAGAGCAACACAGACAGUUCUCAGUAUAUUUCAUCACUUGUUCCUCACCAAGGUCUACUAGAGGUUGAACCAUUACAUUUCAGUUGUACUUCAAGCAGUGACGGAGCCAGAGUAGAGAGGUCUGAGUCAACCCCAGUGGUAUCUGUGCCAGGGUUAUCAACCACUGGUGCUACUAACAGCCAGUCAUAUGCUUCUAUGCUUCCAUCGGUUUCUGUCUCAACAGCACCAGAUGUUGAGUUUUUGAAGCAACAUUACACCCAACUAGCCAAGCUGCAUCUACACAAACAAGAACUAGAGAAGCACAAACAGGAACUAGAAGAACUAGCAAUGUGGUCCAGUUUCCCUAAAGUCAUUCCAAACCCUGUGAUGGAAGCAACCGACCCUGGAGGGAAUCACUACUAUCAUUGGCCAGAAGGAAGCUAUUAUUACCCGCAGCACUCCUCUGGAGGUUCUGUGAACCUGUCGCUGCAGAAAAAGAUGAUGAAUAAGAAGGUGGAGACCAAAAAGGGCUCACAUUUGCCUUUGGUUCAUGGUCAGCAAAGUCAGUUACCUUUACCACAAAGCCUCAUUAUAGAGCGGCUUCAUUCUGGAGCAAGACACCAUGUUAUUCUGGACUUUGGAUCUGUAGUGGAAAUUACAGAUAUUAUUAUUCCAAGUUGUUCUGACUUAUCGUCACUCUCUAUUGAUGCUUGGUUGGAGGGCGAGGAGAAAGAUGCCAAGAGGGUUGCCAUAGUAUCAGACAUUGGGAGCUGCGGCUGUGUGCUAAAGGACUUGCACCCUCCCCCUGUCUGUCAGUUUGUCAAGCUGACUGUCGUUGGUCGACCACGCAGCAACGCCAAAGUGAAAAUGAAGAUUGGUGAGUUUUAUGGCAGGCCACACUCAUCUACUUCAAUAGAAGCCCUUGAAGAGACCUUUGAGCAUCGGUUACGUGCUCUGGAGAACAUGUACGAGGAAGUUCACUGUCACUACAGCCUUGCGUGCAGCAAACUGGAGUCAUUACUCGACAACUCAGACGASAAAACCAAAAUUCAAAGUGUGUACAACAAGUGCAUCGACCUGCAGCUUCAGCUGAAUUUCGUUCAUCAAGCAAUCAUGCGGGUACAAACCCAGCAGGUACAAACAUAUGGGUCCCAUAUUGAAGCAGGUUAUGAUCAGGUGAGAGUAUUAUGUACCUGCCUAGCAGAGACCCUAGUGGCACUUGCAGCAGUCAGCCCAGAUGAUAGAGGCUUCCUUGCAAAAGCAAGCAACCCAACAGAUCUUCAAAUCAAGACAUCCUCACUCCCUAGAGACUUGUGCGAAGUCUUAUUUAAGAAUAUUUUUAUUCAUGGGAACCCUGUGUUGAGAGUGCGUGUGGCAGCUUUGUUACUCCACACGUCUUGUACCAAGCCAUGGUGGGGAAGCUUCCUGGCUGACAUUCUCAAACAGUUCUUCUCAUCAUCUCAACAGACUGUCUUCCCACAAGAAAGGGUGUUUGUGGUGUUAUCACUUCUCGUCCAGCAGUCUCCUGAUGUCAUGCCAGUCCUGAAGAGCUUGCUUCGUCUUCUUGAUGAAGUGUUGUCAGGCCAAAGCAAGCUUGGACAGGUUGAUACCCAAAAUAUUGACAUCUCUCUUGUUGGCUGGAUAGUUCUUUUACUUGCACACAUCUUGAAUACUUGUGGUGUUGGUAGAAUCCAGAGUUCAGACUCAGUCGGUGGAAGCUCAACGAGUGGAGCAAGUUCAAGCUCAGCCAAGCCAUCUAUCUCCAGCUCCUCUGAUAAAUGGGACUUCAUCGUCCCUUCCCCAGCUACCCAGACAUCCCAGCAAUCAACGAGCUCCAUGGCCCGACAAAACCGCCACAAGCUGAGACGACAAAUCUCAAUCCAUGAAAAACAAUUGCAGGAACUUCAGAAACAGCAGAAGAAGAUAAUGGAGGGACAAGGAACGGACUCGCCUGAGGUACAACAUAUCCAACAAGCGUACGCCAAGUCGAAGUUUACCUCUCAGGCUCUCAAGGUUUACAUGCAUAAUCAUAUAAAAGAUUUGGUUAAACUACGCAACCAGGAAGCUGAGGCAUCCUCAAGCAAGGGCAAGAAGACAAUCAGUGGUAAAAUAAAAACAUCAAGCAAAGCACCGCCUCAAUCUACAGUCAGGCUCUUCCUGUCUCAGAUCUCUACCAUUCCUGUCAUGAAGAAGAUGAUUCAACUGGUUCUCAAUAUGGAUUCCUCUUGUCCUGCUGAUCUUGUCUUCACUAUAUGCAAGGUUGUUGCUCUGCUUUCGUCAAUCAGUCAACCCAGUGUGUUUGUGACAGAUAUUUUAAAUUCAUCACAAGUGGAGUCAAUUCUCCGGCUUUGUUCCAGUAACCGUGGUGGUUCAUGGACUAGGCAUGCUCUUAUCACUCUUCUUCAGGACCUUAUGAAUGGUUAUAAGAGCGAAGUGCAGAUCAUUUCUGAUGAAGAAACCAAACAAGAAGUGGAACUGCGCAUUAAUGUAAAUCGAAGUGAACCAAAACAGCAACAACAGCCACCAGGAACAUUUGCCAUGCAAAGCAUGGAGAAUAUGCAAUCUGGCAUGGAUUACUUUACAGAUUGGGCCAAUCUCCCUCCAAGUGCAAUAAUCUAUGACAUCCCACCACCCCAAACACACCUUCCCACAUCUGUAACCUCUUCCCUCUACAUACAACCAAAACCCCUGGCCUCAACCCUGACUACUUCUAGCACAAGUCCUGUGUCGAAGAUGUCAACUGCCCUAGAUGCUCGCCUGGAGCUGGGUGUCACUAUGGAAGCUGAAUGGGAUCUGAAGACAUUACAGCUUGUACAAGGUGACGCUGUUCUGAAAGGUAUGACCAACAGCCGCCUUCCAAGGUACCGUUCAACAAAGGUAAUGAACCUACAGACCAUCACAUCAUCAGCUGGAAUGGUGAGAAUGUUCUUUAACUGUUUCAAUAAGCUUUUCUCCAAGUGUAAUGAUCCGAAAGUCGACCUUGCAUCACUCCUGGAGCUUUGGCUUCGCCUCAAUGCAUUUCUUCCAUCUGGUCCAAACAAAACUCAGCUGUUCAUUCCCCUGGGUAAGAAGUCGUUGGCCAACUUGUUGUCCUUCUUGGCAACGUGUCCAAGUAUCUCCCUGCAGACUUUUUAUCUCGCAUUUGAAGCCAUGAGAACUGUUCUUGAGAAGUCUAGCAAAGAUGCAUCCCUUCACACUCUAGAGGGGGUACGAAAGUAUUCUUUACCAGAGGUAUUUGUCAGUAACCCUGAACUUCUAGGAGUGCUACAGAGGACCUUAAUAGAAGGAUCCCCGAAGGAUUAUGGAGCAGAGACUGGUGUAGGAACAUCUGGAACAGGCAUCAAGCAGGUCGAAGCGUUCUUGUCAUCUUUGGCUAUUGCUCUAGAGAAGCAAGAAGAUGGGGUACUGUUUGCCAAGUUCCACAACAUGAUGUUGGAGUUGCUUUGUUCACUUGCAUCUGGAAAUGUUAAUUACAGUGGAAGACCCAUUCAGAUGAAGCCAAUCUUAAGGGUGUUACUAAAGCACCCUCCUUCAAACACGAAAGACCUUGAUGUUUCCCUGGUGAUCAGACUCCUGAACCUCGCAAUGCGACUGUCACUACAGCAUCUUCAAAAGAAGGAUGAAAUAUCCCUUCAAGCUUCAAGCCACUUCCACGAGACACCUCGUUUGACCACAUCGUCUAAUCUGAUUGAAGGGAAGCCCACUGAAGGUCCAUGGAUCGUGCACAGCACAUGGUUGACCAAGCUGCUGGGUGUCAUUAUCAUGUUUGUGCAACUACCUGAAGAGAAGAGUAGUCAAACUUUAGACACUGAGAAUAGAGAAGAUGGUGCUGUGAAGCUAGAUGAUGGGGGUUCUAAGAAAGAUACAGAAAAAGCUAAUGUAGAAGAAGCUCCCUGUGGUACAAGUAAAAAAGACGAGGUAGAUAUAAGCUCAGUUGGGGAUGAAAUCGAUGAAGAUGCUUCAGACAGCAUGGUGAAGACACUCCAAGCGAUGGCAAAGGCAGUUGAGAAGAAUGCUUCCCAAUCGAGUGAAGAAGCACAGCCUAUUAUAAACAUGAUUGAGGAGGAUUCAUCAUCAAGUUCUACUUCAGGAACUGACACAUCUGGAGGUGAGGAAGACUCUACCCCAUCAGCAGAUGGAGGGCCAUUACCAAAAAUCAAUGAAAAAGAUAUUGUCGCAGACGUCAAGGAAGAGGCCAAAAAGGACCUGCAAGAUGAAAAAGAUCCCAAACCUCCACWGGAGAAGGACUUCCCCCCAGUCAACAAAGCUCCUAAAAGUGUGCUUCCAGAUCUUAUCAUCACAGAUGAUGAUAUUUGCCUCAAUCUUCUCAAUUGUCUCAACUUGUGCAGCUCUAAUAACAUCGGAGUAUUACUGACAGGUGCUAAUAUACUUAACAGCAGUCAAAGUGUGUCUGUCUCUGGCGAUCCAGUUUCAGUUGAGGACGGCAUACUUCAGGUGGUUUCUAUAAUCUACAGUCAGCUCACCCACCAGAAUUAUUUGGUUGCUACAGUGAUCAAGUAUCUGUCUGGGUGUGAGAGUGUCCCUGUGACGUCACUGUCUGAGCCGUUCCUGUGGUUUCUUCUCAGAAUGCUUGAUUCCAAUAAGCAAGUGGAGACCUUUAAUACUCAAGGAGGAUAUGAACUAUUGUUCAAGAAUCUUGUAUCAAGUUACUCCAACCAGUUGAAUGACAACACCCAAGAUCUCAUUCCUGUCAUGAGACAACUUACUAAGCUUGCACACAAAUCAAAUAACAGCACAGCCCAACUUCUUCUGAAUGCUGUCUGGGAAGCUGAGAAAGAUCAUGGCACGGUCAACUAUGCACCUUUUGGUACCAUAAGUUGCUCACGACCCUCGUCUCACCCAGCUGACACUCUGCUGAAGGCCAGUAUACCACACCGGCGUACCCGAUCUGCUGCAUGGUCCUACCACUUCUACCCUGGUGAACUGUGGUGUGACCUUACARUAAACCUACCCACUCCUAUCCUACUCCACGCUGUACAUGUUCACCCACAUACAGCAGGGCUGACAAGUUGUCCAUCAUACAUCGCACUAGAUUACAGUGUAGAUGGAGCUGUAAUGACGCCAGCAAGCAAACCAGUCAUGACAAGUGGUCUAAGUGUGAUCAGGCUACAUUUUGAUCAACCUCAGAUAGCUCAGCGUAUCUGUGUACGAUGCCGUCGACCAAGGGACUCGGAAUCACUAGGGCUGUCUCAGAUCAAGAUAUGGGGUACCUCGUUAUAUGGACCACCCCCAGAACAACCCACCYGCGGCAGUCAAGGGGACUACUCUGAUUGUCUAAACUGGGUUUGUCUUCUCCACCACUGUCUGCACCGCACGCCAUCAGCGGAGAUCACAAGCCUCUCUUCUUCCAGCUUCCUUAGUGAUGUGUUUAGCAUCUGCAUAUCGUUGUUAGGCGCACCUCAAAGUGAUCUUUUCUCAGGAUGCCAGGAAGCAGUCCUUCAGAGAUUAGCUCUAGAGUUCAGUGAGCUUGGUCAAGUCCUUUUGAAAAAGCUUCUUGUAACUCCAGGACGAGCUCAUAUAUCCCAGUCAAUCUUAGUUUCACCUUCAGCUGUACAGCUUGUCUACAAACUGGGGAAAACUGGUGGAGAUUUUGCUAAACAAAGGUUAAGAAUUCUCGCAGACUGGCUUGAGUCCAUGUCUUCGUACUCGCAUGUGUUGCCAGCAGUGCAAAACAACCUGACAGGUCUUGUACAGGCAGCUGGCACUGUGCUGUGGACUACAGCUGACUCUGACCUUGCCUCCAUCGUGCAGGAAGAAUAUAGGGAACAACUUUUCAGAUCUCUCUACGAAUGGUCACAGCUGGUUGCCAGACAAGAACCCUUAAAACAAGCCAUCGAUUAUGUCAUCUGCUCCCUCUGCCAUGUCUGUCCAUCAUACUUCCAGCUCCUACUACACCUGACAGACGCCCAGGAACUUGUUGAACAAGCAAGAACACAGAAUGAAUUCCAACCUUCAUACCUCGUGUUUGUCAUCAACCGUAGCAGCAUGGAAACACUUGCCCGUGCCUGUCAGUCUCCUGUCACAUCACAUCUAGUCCUUGCUUCGGGGCUGUUGAAUGUCCUCCAUGAUAGUAUCACUCGUCUGUGUAAUAACCUCUUGUCCUCGCGAGGUAGUAGUGAAAGAAGCGAGACCAAUGAUGGGAUAGUUCUGUCACUGGACUAUUUAUCUGAUGUGUUGUCAUUCAUGGGUGUUUGUGCUGAAGAACCUGUCGUCAAAUCGUGGUGCGGCACAAGUGGAAGGGAUUUCUGGAAGCUGCUUAUGCUGCUGCUUGGUUCCGGCAUUCUCUAUAGUCCUGUGUCCCGGACCAAGAGGGAGACCCCACCCUUAGGAACACGCCAUCGAAUYGCACUAGAGUCUGCUGCAAUCAAGUACUUCACUCAAUGUAUCAGCAGCCAUCCUGACAACCAGGAUCUCUUCGCGAGGCUCCUGUGUGAAGUGAUGGAGACGCCAUUAGAGUUUAUAUCCACGACAGGGGAAUGUAUGCCCGGUAGUACAAGAGGAGUUGGUCUUGAUGGCUUCUUGCGACGACUUGUUCUGGAAGCGCUUCUACAGGAUGAGAAAAUCAAAGUCUGUAUUCAGUAUGGCUCUGUGUUAAAGCCAUUCAUGGCUCCACAAGAUAAAAACUUCAGCCAUAGUAGUGAUUGGCAUCCAAGGUUUGGUGCUGGGUACAACAUCCUGUUAAUCAGGGCUAAUCUCUCCUCAACUAUCGAAGAACUAGAUGAGAUAAUUCAUCCCAACUCGUCGGUUAAGAAAUCUACCGAGGGUAGUGGCUCAGACGACGACAAAGCUGCCACGUAUGGAGACUAUGACGACCUUACAGCGCUUGGAGAUGCAGAGAUCCUUGAGGGCUUAAGCAUCGCGGCUGGGAUUAAUGUCAAGUCAAAACGUGCUAAAGGAAGCGCUGUUCUGCGCAAGAUAUCCAGCCAGAAGCUUGACACAAGCCUCCUAAAACCAGGUACAGCGUCCGCAAAUUGCCGCCAUAAUGCUGUUCUUGGAAAUAUCCUGAUACCAAGCAAGACAAGCCUGACAAGUCUAUUGAGUGUGCUUAUGUCUCGAGGACUUCCUGCGGGUACAAAUUGCAUCGAGUUGUCUCUCAAGACAUGUGGAAAUCCUUCCUCGCACGUGAAGGAAGAUAUUCUGCUGAAUACACUACCUUUGCCUACCGCAUUGCACAAGUUUGCUUCGUUCAAUGGCUUGGCUAUCCUGUCAUCUAGGCUGUCAUGCUCCGUGGUGAUGAACCAACCAAUGCAGGAAGCAGCUUCGAGUGAUUCUGAUCAGCUUGCUCUACCCCUUGCAUUCCCUCUACCGCUUUUUUCGUUGUCUCCUUCAGUGCUGAGCAGGAUACCGGGUCAUUCUUUAGCAGCAUUUGGCCUGUUUAUUUCUCUUCCUGGAUACGCUAAUGUCUUGUUGCGGGACAGACCUAAAGCGCAGUGUCUAUUGAGGUUGUUGCUUGGUGCUGAGGAUGAUGGCAAUGGAGGUCACGUGUUAUCAUCGCAGGUAGCAGGCUCCUUACCCACCCUACCCUUCCAAAUCCUGCGUCUUCUGUUCCACUCUACCUUACUGUCCAACGAUGCUGGCGUCUCGCUGCGACAAGUAGCCCUGGAGCAAGGCGCAGUCCAGCUUGUGUUGAUGUGCCUUGGUGUGCUUAGUCACCACGAACCUCGAGACAUCAGCCCUACGGACCGUCUGGCUUUGCAGACUGUUGCAGCACUGACUGGAAAUUUGUUGCGAGGGUCAGACCAAGGCAGCAAUAGUGAGAAACAGUACUGGGCCAAGGGGACUGGGUUUGGUACAGGAUCUACGGCCUCGGACUGGGACAUUGAGAAUGCUAUGAAGAAACAACAAGCAGAGGAGGCACAUACUACAUGUAUGCUACAGGUCCUUGGUGGAUAUAUUCAUCCAUCUGGUGUACAGAAUCUAGACGAGUUAUCCAAGCCCGACCACACAUCAGACUACAGUACCCAAUGUGACAAGAUACCCCCAGCCAUGGCAGAACUCCUGUCCCGAUCAUGUCUUGUGCCAACUUUAUCCUCUUACCUCAGGAACGACUCAGUUCUAGACAUGGCGCGCCACGUGCCAUUGUACCAGGCAGUGUUAGAAGUGAUGCGAGCCCUCGCCACAUGUCCAUGUCUGGUUCAUCUUCUGGCUCCUGCGGAUACUAAUGGUUCCAGUGAUACAACAAGCCUGGCUGCCUUGAUUGACAAGAUGAAACAGUGUGUGGACACUUAUUCGAAGACAUUAAGAACUACAUCAAAGGCCAUCAGGAGAACCAAACGUGACAGCAAAAAGAAGACAGUAGGUACCAGCACCAACCAGGAAGACCAGGAAGAACAAGACCAAGACAGCCAGGAAGCCGACGCUGAGGGAUUAGCGCUACUCAUACCAGAUAUCCAGGCAACAGCCAACCUGGUACAAGAUGUCCUUAUUCACCUACACGAUUCUGAGACUGAAGAUCAACAAGAUGGUGAUGACAAAAAUGGAGUUGUUGGAGCACAGUCACUCAGUAAUGAAGAGAAGUAUCUGGCAGUCAUGAAACCCUUGCAGUUUGACAUGUACGAAAUAGUGAGCGAAGAAGACCAAGACAGAGUGGAGUUCACUCUUAGCUACCACUUUGCGUCAACUCUACGAUCAGCCACUUCAAACGGCGAGGUUGGGACUCCUGCGCGUGCGCGGCGUUUGGCCCAAGAGAUUACGUCACUGUCUACGUCUUUACCGCUGUCCAGUAGUUCCAGUGUGUUCGUGAGAUGUGACGAGACACGUUUGGAUAUUAUGAAGGUUUUGAUCACUGGUCCUGCAGAGACACCUUAUGCUAACGGCUGCUUUGAGUUCGAUGUGUACUUCCCUCCGAACUACCCCAACGCUCCGAUGCAGAUCAACUUUGAAACAACUGGACAUCAUACGAUCAGAUUCAACCCUAAUUUGUACAAUGAUGGCAAGGUCUGUCUCAGUAUCCUGAACACGUGGCACGGUCGGCCUGAGGAGAAAUGGAAUCCUCAGACAUCUAGUUUUCUACAAGUGUUGGUUUCUACUCAAUCUCUUAUACUGGUUGCUGAACCUUAUUUCAAUGAACCGGGCUACGAACGGUCCCGAGGGACGCCCGCCGGAAAACAGAACUCACAGGAAUACAAUGCUAAUAUUCGCCAGGCCACUGUGAAGUGGGCCAUGCUGGAGCCGCUAAGGAAGCCUACAAAGUGCUUCAAAGAGGUAAUCGAGUGUCAUUUCUAUUUAAAGAAGGACGAAAUUUUAGAGCAAUGUGAGACUUGGAUCCGAGAGGUUGAAGCCCUGACUCAGCGCAAUACCGGCGGACGAGCCGCUGUACACCACUUACACUCUCUCAGACAACACACCGCACAGCUACGACAGGAAUUGAAGAAAUUAUCUCCUCCAAAAGGCCUUCAAGACAAGUGAAAACAAGAUAUUCUUUUUAAAACAAAAAAAAUGAAUCUAGAUUUGGCAUUCCAUGGUAACCAGCGGUCACCUAGCAACGAAGCUAUCAUAGCUUUCUUAUAUGGUUGCUAAGCAUCGGUUGUUACGCUUUUGCUGGUUACUUAGCAACACUGUGGAUCAGUGUUUUUGCAAAAAUUUGAAAUUUUUGAAGUUUGGGAAGACAAUUAUUAAUCACGGUGUAUAGCAUUCCCCCUUUGAUGGGCUUACUGAGAAACUUGUAAUCUCAUUGCACAAGGCACUUGUUAAAUGGCAGACUGGACUUUGAAAUCUGUUCAGUUUAACUACAUAUAGCUCUAGCUCACUUCGUAAAAAUUAAAUGGAAAACUAGGUCGAAGGGGAGAAUGCUUAGGCAAUUAGAUGGCCCAUAUUCAAUCGGGUUGAUUUGAGGUAACUAGGCUGUGCUCUGCCCCCCUCCCUCCCUAGUGCCACGCCCUAUCUCCCGAUAGAUAUUGCAAGCUCACCGCCUAAUCGAUAACUGUUCAUCGGGCGAAUUUUUCUGUAUUUAUCUAAAUAAAAACAAGCUUUUCAUUCAUCUCAUUCUCGUAGAAAUGGCACAACUCAUCGAUGAGAUUAUGAUAAAAAAAUCAAUUAUCGCUUAUAAACGUUCUUAAAUUCCAAAGAUAUUUGUUAAUGGCUGUUAUUAUAGAAAUUACUUUGCUUCGUUUUGUAUAUUUGUAUUUUCAUUUUCUCUAAAAAAAAUUCCCAUGCAGAAAAAUUGCUUACCACGCRAAAUAGUCUGUUGCGCAUGUCAAUAACGCUGGCUUAAAAGUUUCUGGCUUAGCUUUUAGAUUUGCUGUCUUUCACCUAAAAAUAUUUUCACGCUCAUUUGUCAAUGAACUUGAUGUAUUUAUAUUAUUCAAAUAAAAACCAUUGGUGUAGAUAAAAAUAUAUGAUUAAGUCUUUUUGAAAAUAUAGAUUUUUACAACAUUUAAUGAAGUUUUCACAAUUCUGUUAAUGUUCAUCGCAUUCGUUUAACGAAUGCUUAUCGAUUACUAAACAACACCACUCGGGAAUCGCUCGAUAAGGGAUGUUGAUUUAUUCACUAGUUUUGCAUGUUCUGAUGUAAUUAUGUAAUAUGAAGUCAAAUAAAUCACAGGAUUGUUUCUGCAUC